CUCUCUCAAAACUUGGUGGGAUGCGUGAAUGCGAGCGCGUUUGGGGAGGGGAUGCGUGGGAGACCGACUGCUUCAUCCUCCCCACCCCGGUCUGUAGCUCCCCGGUUCCUCGCCCGUCGUGCCCCGGUGGGAUCCGCGUCCGCCCCGGAAAGGGCUUUGGGACGGAGAAAAAACACCCUAGGAAAGAGGGAAACAUCCCUCUGUUUACAGUCAUCGCGAAACAAAAGCAAAUAAUACGGCUAAGAGAGAGGAGAUGGGAUUACUUGGGUUUUUUUAACGAGGCACUAGUUGGGCUUUGAUGUUCUGGAGGAGCAGGCGGAGGGCGCUGGUCUUGAGGAGAAAACUUUGGCGGGGAAGAUUAAAAGCAAAAUAAGCAAAUAAAUAAAACCCCAAACCCUGGUGCUGUGCAAGGGUGUCCCGGUUGGACAGGGAGCGCAGCCAUGCGGUGCCCGAGUCCCUGUGUGUGUGUGUCCCCCGGGCCGGGGCUCCCGGCGCCGCAGCCCCGGUUGAGCCGCAGCCCCUCCGGGGCGAUGGGUAACGGGGUCCCGGUUCAGCGGUCGAGACCCGGCCGGUCCGGUAACCCCCCUGCACCGCGCUCAUCGUGGCUUCCAGGUCUGGGAACUUGAAAGCUCCCUCCUCCGAAGUGUUUCCAAUUUCUGGUUGUUUUGGUGAAAGCAGGCUUAAACAAACAAACGAAAAAAAAAAAGCAGCUCUGGUUGUUUUGAGUUUAAAUGCUGUGCUUAUGUUUCUGCAAGCCGAGCUGCGCGGUAUUUGCAUGGGAAUCGGGAAGUGAAAUCGAUCAAGAAACAACUGAAACGGGGCACUUUGUCCUCUCUACCCGGCAGCCCCUGUGUUGAUGAGUGGACAGCAAACCCUUGUCUUUUAUUUUUGAACAACAAUAGGUUUUAUUGGUGAAAGGGAAAGGAAAUGUCCUGGUGGGAAGAGCAUGCAAGACUCUGUUUAACUUUAUUGAACAUUCAGAAAUAAAUAAUGUAUAAUGCUAACACGAAUUCUGCAUAUGUGCUGUGUAAGCAUGCCGCUUAUCCGGCAAGCACCUUUUCCUCCUUCCGCCAGUUUUGCUCUAGGGUGAUGGUGGUUUUUGUCUGUUUGGCCUCGGCACAUAACCCGGGGUGCCGGGUGAGCUUCUGGGGUUGGGGACAGCCCAUAGCCCUGAGCUCCCCUGCCAGGUGUUUGGGCCCGAAACUUGGAGCCGUGCUUUGGGGAGCAAAGUGUGUUUUGCUGUGUGCACGUGGGUGUGAGGCUGUCACAGCUGGCUUGUGGAGUUGGAGACCUUGGUCCUGCAAAGCACCGGGGUGGGCAACCCCGAGCGUGUGGUGAAAAUCAGCUUGUGUUGGUGUGUGAGACCUGCUGGUGUAAAGAACAACACGUCCUGAUGCCUCUUCCCAGGGUGGAACGGUGCUGUGAGGUUUCCUUUUCGCUUUCCAGGCUAUAAACUGAUUAAACUGUCUUCUGUACAAACUGAUGUUUCCAAAAAUAAACUGUCACACUGGAGCUGGAAAUGUGUGGGGACUGGUGCUUUCUUAGAACAUGCUGAGAAUGGCAUACUUUGCUUUUUUUUUUUUUUUCUCCUUUCUUCUUUUAAGGAAACAUUAUAGCCCUACAAACCUAAUUUUGCUUCAAUAUUUGCCCUGUGGGGAACUAAGAAUGGGUUUUUAAAUGGUAGCUGUGAUCUAGGGAAGAUCCCAGUGGCAGUUUGGAGAGGAGGCUCUUGCUGAGGCAGGUGUUGCUUGUUGGAGGUGAGAGUUUAUGGCCCAGCUGUCCUUAAUGAAAUUGCUCUCUGCCUACCCCACCUGUCGGCUUUGCCAGCUUUGGGAGGAGCAUGAAGUGACUUAAUCAGAUAAUUUGGUAGUUGUCUCUGCAAAAACCUGGCUGUGGGAGCAGAGUGGCACAGCCUGGCCAAAGCUGAGCCCAUGGGGAUGAGCGGAGCCAUUGCCCGGUGUGGGAGAGGAUGCUACAAGACUCAGCUUGUCCUCAGCCAGGAUGGGACCCAAAUCAAUCUAGACUUGAGUCUUUAUACUUGCUUUUUCUCUGUUUGAAGAACAUCCGAACCUUCCUGAAAGUGUGUCACGACAAAUUUGGGUUAAGAAACAGCGAUCUGUUUGAUCCCUUUGACCUCUUCGAUGUCCGGGAUUUUGGAAAGGUGAUCUCUGCAGUAUCCAGACUCUCCUUCCACAGCAUUGCUCAAACCAAAGGAAUUAGGCCCUUCCCAUCGGAGGAGACCACGGAAAAUGAUGACGAUGUGUAUCGGAGCUUGGAGGAGCUGGCGGACGAACACGAUCUGGGGGAGGAUAUUUAUGACUGCGUCCCCUGCGAAGACGAAGGCGAUGAUAUCUAUGAAGAUAUCAUCCGAGUGGAAGUUCAGCAGCCCAUGAUUAGGUAUAUGCAGAAAAUGGGUAUGACAGAAGAUGACAAAAGAAAUUGCUGUUUGCUAGAAAUCCAAGAAACCGAGGCCAAAUACUACAAAACACUUGAAGAUAUAGAAAAGAACUACAUGAACCCACUGAGGCUGGUACUGACUCCCCAAGACAUGGAAGCUAUUUUUAUCAAUUUGGAGGACCUAAUUAAAGUGCACUUCAAUUUCCUGAGAGCCAUUGAUGUCUCUAUGAUGUCUGGAGGAAGCAGCCUGGCAAAAGUGUUUCUGGAAUUCAAAGAGAGGCUGCUGAUUUACGGCAAGUACUGCAGCCACAUGGAGUACGCCCAGAACACGCUCAACCACCUCCUCGCCAACCGGGAGGACGUCAGGCAGAAGGUGGAGGAGUGCACGCUAAAGGUUCAGGACGGGAAAUUUAAAUUGCAAGACCUGCUGGUGGUUCCAAUGCAAAGAGUUUUGAAAUAUCAUCUCCUGUUAAAGGAGCUGCUGAGCCAUUCAUCAGAUCGACCAGAGAAGCAGCAGCUGAAGGAGGCUCUGGAGGCGAUGCAGGACUUGGCCAUGUACAUAAAUGAAGUAAAGAGGGACAAAGAGACUUUAAAGAAAAUAAGUGAAUUUCAGAGCUCUAUAGAAAAUCUGCAAGUGAAGCUGGAGGAGUUUGGGAGGCCGAAGAUUGAUGGCGAGCUGAAGGUCCGCUCCAUCGUCAACCACACCAAGCAGGACAGGUAUUUAUUUUUAUUCGAUAAAGUGGUGAUCGUCUGCAAAAGGAAAGGAUACAAUUAUGAGCUGAAAGAAAUUAUCGAGCUGCUCUUCCACAAGAUGACUGACGACCCUAUGAAUAACAAGGACAUCAAGAAGUGGUCAUAUGGCUUCUACCUCAUCCACCUCCAGGGAAAGCAGGGCUUCCAGUUCUUCUGCAAGACCGAGGAGAUGAAGAGGAAGUGGAUGGAGCAGUUUGAAAUGGCAAUGUCCAACAUAAAGCCAGAGAAAGCCAAUGCAAAUCACCAUAACUUUCAGAUGUACACAUUUGAAAAGACGACCAACUGCAAAGCCUGCAGGAUGUUCCUAAGAGGAACCUUCUACCAGGGCUAUCUUUGCCCCAAAUGUGGAGCAGGUGCUCAUAAGGAGUGCUUGGAGAUCAUUCCUCCCUGCAAGAUGGGUUCCUCAGCAGACCAGGAUUCACUGGGUGCUGGACCUGGUCCUAAAAUGGUGGCAGUUCAGAAUUACCACGGAAACCCAGCUCCCCCCGGGAAGCCGGUGCUGACAUUUCAAAUUGGGGAUGUGAUUGAGCUACUGAGGGGGGACCCCGACUCUCCAUGGUGGGAGGGGCGGCUGCUGCAGACGAAGAAGUCGGGUUAUUUCCCCAGCUCGUCGGUAAAGCCCUGUCCCGUGGAUGCGAGGCCUCCCAACAGCCGCCCGCCCUCGCGGGAGAUAGACUACACGGCAUACCCAUGGUUCGCAGGGAACAUGGAGCGGCAGCAGACGGACAACCUGCUCAAGUCCCAUGUCAGUGGCACCUACCUGAUCCGGGAGCGGCCGGCUGAGGCCGAGCGCUUUGCCAUCAGUAUUAAGUUCAAUGAGGAAGUGAAGCACAUUAAGGUGGUGGAGAAGGACAACUGGAUUCACAUCACAGAAGCCAAGAAGUUUGAAAGCUUGCUGGAGCUGGUGGAGUACUACCAGAGCCACUCGCUGAAGGAGAGCUUCAAGCAGCUGGACACAACGCUGAAAUACCCCUAUAAAUCCCGGGAGCGCUCUACCUCCAGGACCUUCACCCGCUCCCCAGCCUCCUGCGCUUCCUACAACUUUUCUUUUCUCAGUCCUCAGGGCCUCAACUUUUCUUCUCAGAACUCCUCCAGUCCCUUCUGGUCAGUAUUCACCCCACGGGUCAUAGGGACGGCGGUGGCACGAUACAACUUCGCGGCGCGGGACAUGCGGGAGCUCUCGCUGCGGGAGGGCGAUGUGGUGAAGAUCUACAGCAGGAUCGGCGGGGACCAGGGCUGGUGGAAGGGGGAAACCAACGGAAGAGUCGGCUGGUUUCCCUCGACGUAUGUGGAAGAGGAGGGGGUGCAGUGACUGCGGGGAUGUCUGGUGGAAAGUCCUCGAGUGCCCAGAGCGAGCCGCUGCAGACCGUGCACAAUUGUCCCAAUGCCUGCGGGUCCCCGUGAACCAUGGCCGGACACCUCCCGGGACAGUUCUCGCAGACUUUAGCAACCCGUUCCUCUGUACAGCGUGUGCCUGUGCGUGUCGGGGCCGCUGCCGGCCUCACUUCUCUUGCGUGUAUAGAAGAUGAACGGUCUGUCGGAUGACAUCCGCGUAGCAGCUGCAGAAGAGUCCCGGGAAAGCCGUGUUCCCCUGCAUGGACAGAGCUGAGAGACUCUGCGCGGUGCCCGUCAGAGGAUGGGGGACAAACCUCUUGGAGUUAAAAAAGAAAAAAAAAAUAAUGUUUUUAAUGUUUUAAAAGCCACCGUGGUGAUGGUGGUGGGAGGGUGAGGCUGAAGGUUUGUGCCUGGCUGUGCCAAGGUGAGAAUUUGAGGGUUUCUAAGGGGAGGGAGUGACUCAGCCCCAAGGAGAUGAUGCGGACCCCACACCACACUGUUCGGGUGGGCUCCCAGCUCAGGAUUUUGGCAGCGUCCCCAGGCAGCUGUGGCUGGGGCGAUGGGGCAGAGCAGGGACAUGCGGCCCUGGAAGAGGGAGAGGCUGUUGCUAAUCUCUGAAGGAUGCCGGCUGUGACACCAGGAGCACGUUUUGACCAUCAGACGUAGGCUGGAAGUGACCUCCAGGUCAGACAGGAGGGAAAGGAGCUGCUUUGGCAUCCCAAGCCCCAUUUUUUUUACAAUCACCUUGGGUCCCACCAGCCUUGCUGGGGGCUGACUGGUCUCACCGGUGAGCAGGGGGUCUCAGUGUGUUGCAGGGCUGGGUAGUGGCUUUGCCACACAAGGGUUUUGGAGGCCACCAAGGCACCAGGUACACGCAGAGGAGUGGACGGGAGUGUGUGUCUGUGGGUCUGUCUGUAAUCCCGCUGUGGGCGGGAUCCCCUUGAGCCAGGCUGAUUUUUCUUGCAGCCACAAACCCACCAAAGGAAGGGCUAUGGUAUCAACUCCUGAUUUCUCUUGCUAAGUUGUAAAAAGCAUCUCUUCUUCCCCAGCUGUGUGCACUUUUGGGGGCUGUGAGUGCUGCCCCCUCUUCUCCUCCCACAGGCUGUUACUGCUGCUGCUGUCAAGUAAAGGUCCGUCUGUCCUGGCAUUGCCACUUUGUCCUGAGCACCGUCUGUCUGAGUCUGUUCUUUACAAAGUGCAGCCCCCAUGGUUGGUAGGCAGAGCUGCCGGGUGGAAAUCCUGGCCACCGUCUUCUGCUGGGCACUGGCUUUACUCUCCACCUCCAGAAUUUUACUUCUAAAGUGCAAAUACGAACAAAUAACGUGUGUGGCGGGGAACAGCUUUCCUCUACCCAGUUUUUGAGCCUCUCCAGCCUCUCUGAAUCCGUGGCAUUUUGAGCUGGUGCUUCCAUGACCUGACAUAGUUCUCAUGGGACUUGCGGUGGUCCUGCCAUGGAGUGCCCUGGGCCUGGUCUGGAGACACAAGCGCUGGGUGGGUGAGCGGUGCUGAUGCCAUCGGUCCUUGGCACGAGGGUCCCACGGCAGCAUCUGAAGCCUUGCCGCAAAUGGAGCAGUGAUACCCUGUUUGGGAUAAUAAAUGGGAGAGUUUGGGACACUCAAGGAAAAGUUAAUAACUUGGAAAUUCAACGUUGUUGGUCAGUGACAAGCCCAGAGCUGCCCUGUUUUGCUGCCUAUUGCUCCUGGAGCCUCUGUACUCGGUGCCAGGGGGAGUGGGGUCUGGGUUGGGGUCUGUCCGGGACAGGUGCCCACUGGGGUCUUGUUCUGGGAGGUGACAAGGACACGGCUCAGGGCUCUCCCACGGUACUGUGGCCAUAAGGGAAAAUUUGGGGGUGCAGGGAGCUGGCGAUGUCCUGGAUUCCUGGAGCUGUGGAGCUCGGGGCGUAUUUAGGGGAGAUGAGACACACGCACACACCCAAGACAAACUCACGAUGGCUCCUGUUACGCCUCAGAUCCUAAAGCCUUACGCAACCCUCCUGCUUAACGUGGCCGGUUUUUGUAAGACGGAUCCCAAAGGGAUCCCCGAGCUCCACCGCUGCCCGGGCUCCCCUCCCAGCCCCGCCAAACCCCCUCCCUCCGGAGAGCUCUCCCCUCUUGUGUUUACUGUUGUAAGAAACUCGUUAAAGAGAUUUGAUUUGUUUGUAAGUAAUUAUUCAGCCAUUUGCCACAAUAUAUAUCUGUGAAUAAGAAGGGAAAUGUUUUUUUUUUUAUGAUGGUGAGAAAAUUGUAUAUAUAUUUUAGCUCAUCGCAGAUCAUUCAAAGUUGCAAUGGGAUACGUUGGAAAAUAAUAUGUAAAUUCCUUGGGGUUUUCCUUUGCACUGCACUAACUGGGGUUGGGUGGAGGGGGUUUAAAAGUAAAACUGUUUGUUUAUGGAAUAGUUUAUAGCUGGGAAUUUGGAAAUCAUUUGGAAUAGCUUGUAAUGCUGGAAUAGAAACUUUAGCUGCUACUUAGAAACCCUUUUGCAUGUGGUUUUUCCAGACCUUUUUAAGUUACAAUACAUCAAAGUAAAUUCCACAACACAAAAAAAUAAAGUGUAAUUUUGCUGAUA